AUGAAUUAUACAUCACCAACAUCAUCAACUCCUAUUCAUAUAAAAGUGCAAGUAAAUAAUAAACAACAUCAAGCCAUUGUCGAUACUGGAUCUGCAGUCACCAUUAUUAAUCAACAAUUAUUAAAAACAAUUUAUCAUAAGGAAUUUAUUUACAAGAAGAAAUUACACAAAUCAGCUAAUUGUUCAUCGAUUAAUAUUAUUGGUGAAAUUCAACUUGAAAUUAAAAUACAAGGAUAUAAAACGUUAAUUUUAGCAGAUGUUGCAACUAAUCUUAUUACUGAUCUAUUACUUGGAAAUGAUUGGAUUACAGCAAACAAUGUUAUUAUUGAUUCACCACAACAAUGCAUUUAUCUCACUGACCAAAAACGGCACAUUUUAGCAACAGCAACAUUCGUUAAACCUGCACACUUUCAAUUACCAGUACUAUUAACCGAUGAAAUUACUCUUCCACCGCACUCCGAAAAAUACGUUAACAUCAAAGUAUUAUCACCAACAAUGAACAUAACCGAAGCCUUAUUUGAACCAGCAGCACAUUUAUAUUCGAAACAAAUCUUACUUACGAAUGCAUUAAUUAAGUUAGAAGACAACAGAAGUCAAGUUAUGAUUUUGAAUGCAAAUGAUCGUCAAAAGACUUUAUCGAAAAAUACAUCAUUAGGAUAUAUUACAUAUCAAUCCAAAGCCAAUAACUAUCUUAUUUUACCAGUAUUAACAAAAAAUAAAACUGAUCGAUCAACACCUAUAACAUCGAAUUUUUACAGAAGGAACAACUCUUUUGGGAGUCGUUCCUGGAUCCCUUCAAUGGAUAAUAAGAGGAAAGUUCAAUCUACGAACUUUACCUGUCAAAUGAACAACAAUACUGAUCCUGAACAUCAAUGUUAUGUAUGUCAAGAACAAUUUUUAUCACGGAAUGAUUUACAACAGCAUUUACGUCGAAAAUGUUAUCCAUUGGAAAUGCGAGAACAAAUUGACAAAUUAACACAACAUAUUGAAGACACAAAACAACGGCAACAGGUACAACAUAUUUUAUGGGAACAUGGAAAAUUAUUUGAUUUUCGUCAACCGUCCAUCAUAAAAGCAACAGUUCAUCAUGCCAUUGAAACUGGACAUCAUCCACCGGUACAUACUCCACCAUAUCGAGUAUCAUACAAGGAUGAACAAAUACAACGAGAAGAAAUAAAUAAAUUAUUAAAACAAGGUAUAAUUGAAGAAUCUACAUCACCAUGGUCAUCGCCUAUAGUAUUGGUAAGAAAAAAAGAUGGUUCUGUUCGAUUUUGUAUUGACUUUAGGAAAUUAAACAAUAUUACGACCAAAGAUGCAUUCCCUAUGCCUCGAAUUGAUGAUAUUUUUGAUCAUUUAUCACAAGCUGAAUAUUAUACAACCAUCGAUUUCAAGUCAGGUUACUUUCAAGUUGGACUCGACCAGAAGGAUCGUCCAAAAACAGCUUUCUCAACAAGGGAUCAACACUAUCAAUUUACAGUAUUACCUCAAGGUGUUACAAAUGGUCCACCAGCAUUUCAACGUAUCGUUAGCCAAAUACUUGGACCUACAAGAUGGCAAUAUUCAUUAGCUUAUCUCGAUGAUGUUAUAAUAUAUUCACCAACAUUUGAUCAACACCUAAUUCAUCUCGAUGACAUUCUCAAUCGAUUAAAUGAUGCAAAUUUUCGUCUUAAUGUUAAUAAAUGUCAAAUAGCAAAAACAUCGAUUGAUUAUCUUGGGCAUCACAUUGAACAUAGUAAUAUUAGACCAAAUGCAGACAAUAUUCGUGCAUUAUUGAAAACCCAACAGCCAACAACAGCAAAAGAAGCUUUUCGAUUUAUCAAAGCUGCUGAAUAUUAUCGUAAAUUUAUACCUGGAUUUUCUGCUAUUGCACAACCUUUACAUAAAUAUGCACCUACCACAAAAGAACAACGAUCACAAAAGUCACAAGCUACACCCAUUAUUUUAUCUGAUGAUGAACUUCAUGCAUUUAAUGAAUUAAAACGAAUAUUAACGAAUGAUUUAGUAUUACGUAUUCCCGAUCAACAUUUACCAUUUAAGAUACAAACCGAUGCAUCAAAAAUUGGAAUUGGAGCUGUACUUAUGCAAACUCAUCCAAACGGCGAUCUCCCAGUAGCUUAUUUGUCGAAGAAAUUUACAACGACACAAAUGAAUUGGCCCGCCACAGAACAAGAGUGUUAUGCUAUAAUAUAUGCAAUUGAGAAAUGGCACAAAUAUUUAGAUGGACGCUCAUUUACCAUUGAAACAGAUCAUAAACCAUUAUUACCUUUUAAUUUAAAACAACAAUUAAAUGCGAAAUGUGAACGAUGGCGUUUAAAAUUACAACAAUAUCAAUUUAGUAUUCGAUAUAUUAAAGGAAAACAUAAUACAGUAGCAGAUUAUUUAUCACGUUCACCAGUCGAUAACGGAUCCAAUGAUGAAGACGAUUAUACUCCAACAAAAUCCAGAGCAACACAAACCGAUAAUUCGAAGGAAACUUACAUUGUAGCACCUGUUAUGACUCGUAACCAAGCCAAACAACAACUUAAUGGAAGGACUGACUGUCGUUCGACAGAUCAGGCCUGUGAUAAACAAAACCAAAAGAGGAAUGUCGACAUGCAAGUCGAUCACUCCUGUGUUCCAAAACCUAAUCAAUUACAUUCACCAGUCGCCACCAGUGACUCUAAUAAAAUAUUACCAAUUACAUGGGAACAAUUGAAAGAAUUACAAUACCAAGAUGAAGAAAUUAAGAACAUCAUUGACAAUAUAAAGGACCACCAAGAAUACUUUAUUAAAAAUAAUAUGUUAAUGAAGAAGUCCUACCCACCAGUCCCAGUUAUACCUAAGGGACGAAUACGUUCAGAUAUAAUAAAAAUUUAUCAUGAUACACCGGCCAAUGGUGCUCAUUUUGGUCGGAAUAAAACCAUUCAAAAAAUUCAACAGCGAUAUUUUUGGCCAAAUAUGAUUUCUGAUAUUCGUAAUUAUGUGCAAUCAUGUCUACCUUGUUUAAAAAACAAUCCCCUACGACAAAAACCACCAGGUGCUUUAAAACCUAUCAAACCUCCCGAAGGAGUUUGGCAAUUGCUUACAAUGGAUUUCCACGGGCCUAUUACUCCAACAACAAAAAAUGGAAAUAAAUAUAUUAUUUCCUUAACGGAUGUUUUAUCAAAAUUUGUUAUUGCCAAAGCAGUACGUGAUUGCACUGCAACAACAGCAGCACACUUUAUUACUGAGGAAGUUAUCCUCAAAUAUGGAACUCCAAAAUGUAUUCUUACGGACAACGGAACUCACUUUACUGCUACAAUGAUGUCAGAAUUAUUUAAGAAAAUUGGUGUUACACAUUUAUAUUCAACACCUUACCACCCAAUGACUAAUGGACAAAUUGAAAGAUUUAAUGCAACCAUGGAUGCGAAAAUAGCAACAUUAUCAAAUGAAAAACGUACAAAUUGGGAUGAACAAUUACCAUUUGUUGCAUUCAAUUACAACAUCAGUAUCCAUACAACAACGGGACAAAUUCCAUUUGAAUUAAUGUAUGGUCGUUCGCCAAUAUUACCUUUUGAUCAACAACAACCAUCAGUUACACUUUCACAAGACCCAGACCACAAAUUAAAAUUAAAUCAAUAUUUAUCAACCUUAACCGAACAAGCAAAAAUGAAAAUCCUGGAGCAACAAAGAAAAUACAAAGAACGUUAUGAUCGACAUCGUGUCAAUCCAAAUUACCAGAUGUCUACUUCUCAUAAAAAUCGUUAUCAUUCAUCUACAUAUCAUUAUCAAGAAAAAUCUUCAUCAACUGUUAAAUCACAAUCAAAUACAACACAUCAUUAUCGUCCUCAACAUCAUUACAUACCUCCAUUAGAAAAACUUGAUAAACUUACACAAAGAUAUUGUCCAGCAAAAUUUAAAAAAAAUAAUGAACUUAAGGAUUUAUACAAUAAUGGGAAAUGCAGCAAAUUUGAAUUACCUCCAUCGUUAUUCCAAAAAUUUUACAUCAACCGUCAAACAUCAAUUACUAUUUUAAAUGAUUUAAUUGAUUAUGCUUUUCAUAUUAAAAAUUAUACGAUUGAUACGGAAGACCAACUAAAUAAACCACCUAAACCAUCUGAUCCUACACUCAUUCAAAUUCAAUUUAUUCACGAAAAUGAUCCAUCAAUUAUUUUAUUAAUCGAAGCAUUUUAUUUACCUCCAGAAAAUUCAUUUACAUUUAACAAAAUUAAACAAUUAUGCAAAAUUAUAUUUUCACCAGAUCAUAUCGUUAAUUGCUGGGGUGAUCCAAAAAACGAAUUAGCAAAAUUUUUACGAUUUAAAUUAUUUGAUAAUAAUGAUAUUGAUUUUAUAACACCAAGAAAUACUCAGGACAUAUUCAAAGAUUGGUUUAAUCGUACUUAUCCACAAUCAAUUCAUAUUAAAGAUGGUGCUAAUGAUCAAUAUUCAUUACAAUCAGCAAUGUAUAUAACAUUUAAUGAAUGGCUCGACAAGAGAAUGACCCUUGCAAAUUGGGGCUGUGGUAUUGAUUUAAUAUUACAAACUUAUCUAACAAUGAAUGAUUAUGAUGACAUUAAAGAUAAAAAAAUUUAUGAUGAAAAACAAAUACGUCAAUUAAUGGAAACUUAUGCAAUCAACGAUUGUUUUUCAGUUACAAAGCUAAGUCAAAUAAUGAAACAUUUUGAACCAUCUAAACCACCAUUAGAAGAUAAUAAUAUUUAUAUUUCAGAUUAUGAACCAAUAGAAGAAGAAAUACAACCAGAUGAAUUAUUAAAUGAUAAUGAUACAGUUGAAUCAGUUCAUGUUUUAGAUGAACGGACAACUCUCAAUGAUAUAAUGGAAUUAGAUGAACCGGAUUCGAACGUCGUACUAUCGGUUCAUGGACAAACAAAUAUAUUAGAUGGUCUUGAAGCUAUUUCAGAAGAAGAAGAACAGCAACAACCAAUACAAAAUUCAAUAUUAAUAAAUAAGCAAAUAGAAACAACAUUGGAAAAGAAGAAAUUAACUAAAACACAACGCAACAACAUAAGAAAACGAGCAGCUCGAUACAAUUUUGAAGUAGUUCGUCAAAUUUAUUCCAACUUCACCAUUUCAAAUAUAAAAGAAAUACUGAUUGACAUGAAUAUACAUUGGUUAAAUGUUAACGUGGUCAAAGCAAUAUUAUUUAUUGGUGUGAAGAAUGAAGAAACACGGAAACACGUGGACAAUCUGCUACACGACGAAAUGUUUACAAAAGCACAUUAUCAAAGAUUCAAUAAAAAACGUUCUCGUUCAAAGAAAAAUUAA